CCAUUUUGGGUUUCAACCGACUAGCCUUUGCGGCAGUAGCUAGCCAGCUAGUUACUUUUUAAUCGGAGGAAGGGUUAUUGUUUCUAGUUCAUCUUCAAGCCGCGGAGUUAUUUUGUUAGAAGAGAAGCCGUUUUUCGUGUCAUGUCCACGAUGAAUCCCGAAUAUGACUAUUUAUUCAAGCUGCUCCUGAUUGGUGACUCUGGUGUUGGAAAGUCUUGUCUUCUCCUUCGAUUUGCAGAUGACACAUACACAGAAAGCUACAUUAGCACUAUCGGCGUGGACUUUAAAAUAAGAACUAUAGAAUUAGACGGAAAGACCAUCAAACUUCAAAUCUGGGACACAGCAGGGCAAGAAAGGUUUCGCACAAUCACAUCCAGCUAUUACAGAGGAGCACAUGGCAUUAUCGUAGUCUAUGAUGUUACAGAUCAGGAGUCAUUCAAUAAUGUAAAACAGUGGCUACAGGAGAUUGACCGUUAUGCCAGUGAAAAUGUUAACAAGUUAUUGGUUGGGAACAAGUGUGACCUAACAACAAAAAAAGUGGUUGACUACACAACAGCGAAGGAAUUUGCCGAUUCCCUUGGCAUUCCUUUCUUGGAAACUAGUGCUAAGAAUGCUACCAAUGUGGAGCAGGCCUUCAUGACCAUGGCUGGUGAGAUCAAGAGGAGAAUGGGCCCCGGAGCAACAGCUGGAGGUGCUGAGAAGUCUAACGUGAAGAUCCAGAGCACUCCAGUGAAACCUGCAUCUGGGGGCUGCUGCUGAGACCUCCUCUCCUUCGACCCCACCCAUUUUGGUUCCUGGAUAAUGGAUCAAGCCCAACAUUAUGAGAGAGAGAGAGGAAAUGAUCAUUUGUUAUGAAGCAAAGAGUGAAUGUGGAGAAUAGAAAGUAUAAGAGUGUGAAACAGGCAACAGUAUAAGUCACCCAAGUUGUACUGUAUGUAGCCGCACUACCAAAAAACGUUCAAAAAUCCGCUGCCCCCUUCUCUUGCUUUUCAGAAACUGAUAAGAGGUCACAGAUUUGGUAACGGUCAGCCCCCUUCACCCCUUCCUCCUGUCGGGCUGCUUUUAACAAACCCUACCCCAACCAUGGAUGGAUUUCAUUUUCACUCACUGAUUUUAAAUCCUUUGUUCUGCCAGUUUCUAAAAAUUAUGUGUGUAUUUUUCUCACUGCAUUCCUCACUGCAGGGCUGGUCUGUGGUCAAAUUCAAUGACAUUUUCUUUUCUUUCUUGUUGAUUAUUUUACUGUUUAUAUUUGCAUGUGUACGUUUCUAUUCCCAUCUUUUGCCAGUUUGUUCUGAUCUACUGGACAAGAGUGAUUCACAGUACAACAUCAGCUUAGUAAAAUAUAUGUACAUAUACGCUAUGUAUAUAUAUGUGUAAGACCUGACUUGACAGUUCUGUAAGUUAAAUACACAAUUGAAAUAGUUUUGCCUUUUGCAUUCAGUUUGUCAGCUGCAGACUCUUGUAGUUUUGUUGCGCAAUGUGUAACAGUUAACAGAAAUCUAAAUAAAUAUUGUACGACAAUACUGUACAAUAUCAACAGGUCUGCAAUUCUUGGUGGCACAUGUAGAAACCCUUUGUUUUAUUUAUUCAACAUGUUUAUGCAAAUAUAUUGUUCUAUUCAUUUACAAUCUCUCAAUAUGGCCAUUACCUGCGGAAAACAUUGAAAGCAACAAUUUCACAAUAGCAUAUGUGAUUCAAACACUAUGUUCUCUUUUUCAUAAUAAAGUCAAGAGUUCAUUUUUGAAUGAACUUUGCAACA